UUGUCUAUUGUCUCUAUCUGGGCAACCAUCACCGCCUCGCAUGCUCCCGUGAAUUAAGCCCAAGUUGAGCGUUCCAUAACUUGUCUGCAAACCUCUCGAAGCUCAGUCAGCGCCCGUUCCUCCGUGGCUAAUCUUGUGGCACACAGACAAGAAGGAUGGGUUGUCUUAAGUUUGCUCUCGCCGCCUUCGUGGUCACUGUGAUCAUUGCUGAAACCGUGGCUCAAUUCACAUGCAGGGGUUUCCCAGACGGCUUGUACGCCGAUCCCAAAAACUGCACCAAAUUCUACCAGUGUGACAGCGAAAAGCUGAAGUACUCCCUGACGUGUGCCCACAAGUCCCCCGAGGAUUUCUUCGCCCGUGAUGAUGAGAAGUGCGUCCUUCCAGCCAACCACCUGUCGGAAUGCACAAUGAAGGGAAAGAGACUUCCGUAUGGAGGUGAGGGCUCUUAUGUCUGCCCUGGCCCCGACUACAAGCUGUUCGAGCACCCCGCCGACUGUGUGUUCUACUGGGAGUGUAAUAAGGGGGGCGCCAGCGUCAGGAGUUGUAACGGAGGCAUGUUCUUCCAGGUAGAUACCACCAAUCCUUUUGGCGGCAAGUGCGUGGCCUAUACAGAGGUCAAGGAGAGCUGCUCAGUACGCGGAAAACGCUACACAGAAGACGAGAAAGAAGCCCUGAAAAAUUCCACACCAGAACCUUCUGCUGCUCCUACCUCCGGUGCCACUAAUGCUCCAUCCGGGGACCAGGCGACAGGUGGAGAUGCUGGCGGAAAAUCCAGCGGAACCGGAAGUAACAGCGAUUCCAAAAAUGGCAGUUCACGUUUGUUCCUAGAUGUCGCAUCUGUCACAGUUCUUAUUGCUUCUGUAAUGCUGUGGUAUUAGAUUUAUAUAAUUUUUCUUUUUCAAAUAUAUAAACUUUAAUUUUGCAAUGCGCUUCCUUAAGAUCCAGGUGGAAGAGCAAUAUGUGUGACAGUCCAUGUUAUUUAUUUGGAUUUUGCAUAUGAAAACGCCGCAACCGAUGCCAAUUGUUAACAAAUAUAUUGUCUGUAUCUAAUGUACAUUGCUUAUCAAUCGAAUUACUAAAUAUAAUUUUAUUUAUUUAUUUAUUUAUUUAUUGUUCCCGAAUGUCUAAAAUACAUUUUUUUAUAUAACUAUACCUACAAAAUGUAGAAUAAGCCGGUAGACCUCUAUCCCGUCACGAUAUUGAGCACAUUUGUAAUAUAUUUAACCAUGGAAUAUUUUCUAAUUUUUGGAUUAUAUAUUGUAAUUAUUCAGUGAAAAGUGCAUGUUAAAAUAGAAUGUUUUCAUGCAAACUGCAUCCCUUCUUGUAGAAAGAUGUUUGUAAGUCUUUGCAUUUACUAGUAAGAGGUAAAUAAAAAAGUGUACAAUUAUCGUUUUUGAUCGUAAAUCAUAUUAAAAAAUAUAAAAUGUG